UAAAAAAAAAAAAAAAAAAAUUUUUUUUAUAGAAUGGCAAUAUGAUCCAAGAAAAGGUUCUUUUAAUUUAUUCCUUUCAAAACUUGACAGACAAAAUAAAGGAAUAUUAAUAGAAUUAUUCGAUUUAUUCGCCAUGACUAUGGAACAAUCUCAUAUUAAUCAAAUGCAUCCAACUCGUAUUUUAAAAUCAAUGGCUCUUCAAGUUUUUAAUGAAUCACAAACGAAAACUCAUGAAAAUUUUCAAUCUGCUUAUCAAGAAUGGUUAAAAUUUUCGAACGCUUUAAUUCAUUUAUUUUUAGCUUAUUUAAGAGAAAGAGCUUGUUCAACUCAAUUACCUGAAAGAUUACAUUUAUUAUUAAGGGAUUAUGUUGAUUGUAGAAAAAAAUGUUUAAUGAAUAGUAGUGUUAGUGGUAAUGGUAAGGAUAUUAUUAUAAGUGAACAUAUUUUACCUGAUAUAACUAUCGCUGAUUUAGAUGAAGUCAUUAGAUCAAGAAUUAAUUAUAAUAAUAAUAAUAGUAAUAAUAAUAAUAAUUCAAAUGAUUCUAAUUCAAAUAGUAGAAAAUCAAGUCUUCUUAGAAAAUCCACCAAAACUCUUAACAAUAGAAAUUCUUUAUCAGAUAUGUUUCCUGAAUUAUUUGAAACUUUACAAACAUUAAAACGUAAAGCAAGUUUUAAAUCUUCUCCAAAUAUAGUUCUUUUAGAUGAUCCUAGAACUGUUGAAGCUAAAUGGGAUGAAUUACAAAAUAAAGGUUUUGGUAUCAUGUCUGAAGAAGCAUUAAAAUUAUUCUUUGCUUAUGAUGAUAGAGAUGUAAAUCCUAAUCCUAUUAGUGUUGGAAGAA